UGGGUCGGAUUCGAUAGUGCGAAUUAUUGGACAUCUUACGUUAUUAUUUCAAGCUAGCUCGAAACGCACGCGCUAUAUCAUCCUCGUCUGCGCGCUCAAUCUUUGAGUCUUGGCGUGUGACACUUGUCUUGUGUCCAGCUUUAAAAAUCAGAUCGCCCCCUCGCCCCCUCUUCCUCCUUACCCAUCGGACCUCCAACCCUUGAACGCUCGACUUUUGAAUCUACCAGUAGCCAUGUCUCUUACAGUACCACCACCCGUCAAAGUCACCAAUGACAUUACCUCUUCGUUGACCUUUACUACCCCUACCAUCAAUGUCGAUCUCCGCUCAACAACCCCUAAACCCCAUCAGACUCGACCUCAACCUCGACCUCAGCAACAAAAUCAUAAACUCCAAACUACUCCCGAAUACGACCCUUCAUCCACAUCUUCAACUCCGGCCGUCACAAACUCCCAACUCCAAGAAUCACCCGUUACCUUAUUGCCCAAACCUAACUCGUUCCCUCAUGGUCCUCAUCAUUCUCAUCCUCCUAAUGAGAUGGAUGAGUGGUUGAAUGCUCCUCCUGCUCCUGCUCCGGGAGCCCCCGGGGACGAUGGUGGACAAGAGAGAGAAGGGCUCAUCAAUGACAAAUUGGCUUCCCUUCGUUUCGAUGAACUUGUAGCGAUGGGUCACUCGAGAAGGGGUACCAAACCACAUCAUAGAAGAGGACAAACGACGUUGGGUGCGAUAUGGGUCCCUCUGGAAGCUUACUUGAAGUACCUUUAUGUGACGUGGUCUAAUAUUUUAGCUACAACGAUGGAAGUCCCCCUCGCCGACCUCCUCCUAACGAUCGCCUUCGCCCUCCUAACGUCCGUAAUCCUCUUCUUAGGUCUCAUCUGGUGUCAAAUCUGGAACCUCCCCUUGGUCGAAACCCUCUACACGAUAUGGUCGAACAAGUACGCAAAUGGAUUAGGAUUGGCGAAUUCUGGCAAUCCGAGAUUGUUCGAGGUGUUGACGAAAAAGGAGGCGGAAAUUGGGAAAGUUGCGUUGAGUCGUACUGGUGGUGGAAGCGAAAGUGGAGGAGAUGGUGAUGGAGAUGGAGGAUUGACGGUGAGGGAGCUAAACCUUGACAUCGCCAAGUUACUCCUUCAAUUUUCCUGCGUCGUGUAUGAGAGGGAGUCUCAUGCUCUCUAUAACGUUUUGGAUGAAGUGGAGAAGCAUUCACGUUCAGGUGGUCAUUUGAAAGGGUCGGGGGGGAGUUUGACGAGCCGGAGUGGGAGAGGAAGAGUGGAGACCGCUACGAGGUGGGCUAGUAAGGAACUCGAGAGGGGGAAUGUGACUUUGACCGGAUUGAGAACUCCUGAUUCUCGCUCCUUCGGGGCUCCCUCGUCGUCGCAACAACAACGAGAAGAAAAACCUGUAGUUCAACACUUCGAUGGCGUGACUACUAUGACGAGAGCGAAACCUGGAGAGUUGGUCAAGUCUUUAUUCGAUAAUACCCAGGAGGAGCGCAUUCGAGAGUCGUUCAUGCAGUUGCGAACGUUCGAUAAGAUCUCGAGGAAAGGGAGUCGUAUUCAUACUGGGGAUGUGGAGGGUGAGGACGAUGAGGACGAUGAGGGCGACGAGGAUGAUAGACGGUCCUCGUCGUCGUCGAUGGAGAAGAGAAUGAGAUUUGGUAAGAUUGCGAAAGGGGAGGAUGUGAUUAGAAGGUUCUGUAGGAGAAUCGGAGUGGCGUAUGAGCCUGUCAGCGAGUUGAAUACGAGUCAAAGCGCCUUCUGCUCUUUCUUCUGGGAACCAAAAGGCAACUGGAUAGCCGUCACCUUCAAAGGAACCGGACUCACCGAGUACGCAGAUUGGGUAUCGGAUCUAAGUACGACGCUCGUACCCGUCGACGAUUUCUUACCUGGAUUCAGUCAAGCGGUGAAAGGGUUCAAGGAGAGGAUCUUCCCGGAGGAUUUACGGGAGGUUGAAGAGGACGUCGUGGGUGGAAUGAGACCUUAUGAAACGAUCAGGUUUGCGUUGAAAGCUUUGGCGAACUAUUUGGCGAGGGAUUUAGACCAAGGGGAGAAGAUCAACGUUUGGUUUACGGGUCAUUCUCUCGGAUGCGCCCUCGCUACGCUCGUUUAUGCUCGAGCGCUCAACUCCCCUUCCGAUUUCGAAGGAUCACCCAUAAUCAUCCGGGAUGCGUACCUCUUUGCGGCUCCUGUUUGCGGAGAUCGUGAGACCUCUCUUCGAUUCAACCAAAUCAUCAAACAGCCCGGUGAACAUUUAAAGACGAUGUGGCGAGUCACGAAUGACGGUGAUGCAAUUGCUACUUUACUCCCCCAAUUAGGUGACAACCCUCGGCUCAAACUCUCUUCUACAAACCCCGCAGGGUUCGCCCACCUUGGAGCCGAAAUCAAAAUGAAAAAUCGGCCCGUCGUCUCGAACGUUACGGGUUCUCUUUACUCCCGAGACGAUACGAUCGUUAGGAUUUAUAGUCAUUUUUCGAAAGAGGACAUUCAGGCGAUCAGGGAUAGGGAUCUUCGUAGACACCGUGGCGAAUGGUUGAGAGAAAAAGUCGGGGUUUGGGUAACGAAGAUUCCGUUGCUUGGGCGAUUCAUUGCUCACUCUGAGGUACUCUAUUGGGACCAACUCAAUCGCAUCGCUCUUGGGAAGUGCAAAUGGUUAGAUGAGUAUUCCUAGUCCUCAGAAAUGGAAGUGGGAAUCGACUUCGGGCCUCAAGUUCAAGAUCCUCCCUCUCUGGCAGGAACCCACAGGCGCUUUUUUUUGAUCGAUUCUUCUUGGGGGGAACGUCUUGACCCCCAAUUGACAUUUUCAAAUG